CUUAAUCUCGUGUCCCAUGUGGAGUUGUUUUUAUUUGAGAAUGUAUUUAGGUGAGUUUUUUGAGGUUAUAGAAGGUUACUAUAUGAGAUUAUUGUACGAGGGUUUUUGUUUAAGGAUAAAUAAAUUGAGAAGUGAUGCAGGCUUUGUGGUUUAUUGAGUGCGUUUGGGAGGCGGAGUGACUGACAUUUAAAAUAUAAAGAGAAGUUGAUCAUCUAAAGUGAUUCACUUACUUUGACAGUCAUUCAUUCAUCCAUUCAUUCAUUCAUUUGUGGUUUUAUUCAUCAUGAAGCGUGUGAGAAACGCGCUCGUGUGUUUGCUUAUUUUGCCUCGUGUCUUGAUCGCUGCGCUCGUGUUGUGGUGUCUGGAUUUCCUGUGCGUGAGGAAAAGAGUUUUACUUCAUCUCAGAGAUCGUGAGGAUGAUGAAGAUGCUGAAGAUCCCCCGCUGUGCAUCUCUGAUAAUAACCGCAUGUUCGGCUGGGAAUCUCUCAAAGCGGUUUACCACGGACACAAACUGGAUUGGAUGAAAUCGGCGCGCGUUGGACACGGCGCGCCGAACAGCGAAGUCGUGGAGCUCUCGGACCUGCAGCCCAGACGGAUCCUGGACUUUGUCCGGCAAAAUCGACCGCUGGUGCUGAAUUUUGGCAGCUGCAGUUGACCGCCGUUCAUGACGCGACUGACGGCGUUUCAGCGGCUCGUCCUUCGUUAUUCAGACAUCGUGGAUUCGCUGCUGGUUUAUAUCGAGGAGGCUCAUCCGUCCGACGGCUGGAUCAGUUCCGACGCUCCCUAUCAAAUUCGCAAACAUCAGAGUCUGGAGGAGAGACGCGACGCGGCGCGUCUGAUGCAGCGCGAGGCGCCGGGCUGUACGAUAGUUGCCGACAGCAUGAAUAACUCGUCCAGCUGUGCGUACGGAGCGUUUUUUGACAGACUUUAUGUCGUGCAUGACGGCAAGGUGGUUUAUCAGGGCGGGCGCGGACCGGAGGGUUACCGGCUCUCUGAGCUCCGACUUUGGCUGGACCGGUACCGAAAGCGACUCGAUGCCUCCGACGCCGCUGCGAUAUAAAUGUUAUAAACAGUCAGCAGCAGGCUAAAUGUAAAUCAGAGAGUUUGAUAAGACUAAACUUUACUGCCUGUCCAUAUAAGUUAGCAUACAAAAGUUUAAAGUAUUGAUUUUAUUGACGUUUUAAUUCUCUUCUGUAUUUUUUGUGAACGUCGAUUUUUAAAAGGCCUAACACAGCCAGAAAAUCGAUGUGAUGUCUGAAAUACAGCAAAUUUAAUCUGUUCACAUUCCUUUAUUUUUAUCAAACGCAUUUUGUAUUAAAACAUUUAUGUAUUGUGUGUAGUGUGUUUUUAUUUUAAACUCGAAACGAAGUUUAGCUAAUUUGACACAAAUGUCCCAAAGUUUUGUUUGAUUUUUUUUUUUUAGUUCAAUGCGUCUCCGCGUUUUUGACAAAUGAAACGCAUUAAAAUAAACAUCCAUAAUUCAGAAACUAUGUUGUAUUUGACGAAAAGGGUUUUUCUGCUUUAGCGCAUAUUUUUGUGUUUCAUUUCGAUUAUUUUCCGCCAUUAAUCGUUUUACCAUCUGUAAAUAAAAAAACAGUAAAUUUAUUUGCCUAACGUACAAUUUUAAAUGAGAGAGAUUAGGGGUUGGUUGCCAAUUUUUUUAUACCAAACAAUGAGACAAACAAACUGGAGAGCUGUGCAUUCAGUUUCACCAAAAUAUUUCUGAAAUAUUGUUUAUUUAUAACUCAUGUUUUCCAAUUGUUGUUUUGCAAACCAACAGCUUUUAGGAGAAGCUAUACAUACAUUUUAAUCAUUGCCCAUUCUCCCUAUAAUUAGUAAUAUUUUUUUAUUAUCA